AUGGCGACAACCAACGUGCCCGUGACUUUGGACACGCCCAUCGUGGUCAAGAUCCUGUUCCGCGGCCAGACCAAGAAGUUCAAGCUGCCGCUGAAGGACCUCGGCGCCCAUGUGCUCCCAGAGAAGGUUCGUCGCCCCCAGACCGCAGCCUCGGCCAAGUGUCAGCCUGGCACUGAGCUCCCAGCAUCCUACGUCACCCUCGACUCGGACAAGCCGCAGGUCUACAAGACGCUGUUCCGAGCUGCAAAGGCAAAGCUCAAGCUCCGUCUGCGUGCCACCAUCCCAGGUGAGCAGACCGAGGUGCCGACUUUCGCGCCUGCCGCCAAGCCAGAAGCCAUUCCCAGCUUUGUCCCAUCGCUGCACCGCAUGAGCGCGGACACGCUGAGGCCUCAGACCGCCGCACCUGUUUCGCCCGUCAUCGCGCGCUCGCCAGCAGGUAACACUGCACCCGCCAAGUUUGAGCCCAUCAGCCCGGUGUCGCCGCCGAAGCCGGUGGAUGCCGAGGGCGAGGCUCCAUUGCCACGCUCCUUCACCACCCGCCAGAGCUUCUUCCACAACCUCGCGAGCAACCCAUACAAUGCCGAUCUCGCAUUCCGCCCUAAGCCGAGCACCUGCACCUCGUGGGUCGUGUACUGCAACAACUGCAACCACCCCAUGGAAGACGAGCACUUCCACUGCGGCGUCUGCGACGGCGGCGACUACGAUCUCUGCCCCGCUUGCGUGGAUACCGGAAUCCACUGCCCUGGCACUGGCCACUGGAUGGUCAAGCGCUUCGUCAAGAACGGCUGUGUCGUGAACAGCACCACCCAGCGCAUUCCCCCCAAGAUCAAGGCCGAGGAGACCCGCGAAGUCCCUGGCGCCUACACGGACGAGAAGCAGUCGGUCGUCUCUGAUGACGAGCCCACCCGCACAUGCAACUGCUGCGUCAAGAGCCUCCCCGAGAAGGAGUUCGUCACCUGCCUUUCCUGCGAAGACUACGACUUGUGCAUGGACUGCCACAUCGGCAACAAGCACGGCCACCACCCCGGUCAUGCUUUCACCGCUGCUACCUCUGAUGCUGCCCUCCCAACUUUGGCAGACUUCCUUUGCAACUCCGGACGCAAUGUCCGCCACUCCGCCGUUUGCGACGGAUGCGACAAGUUCAUCUAUGGCGUCCGUCACAAGUGCUUGAACUGCCCAGACUGGGACUACUGCUCCAGCUGUGUCAAGAGCGCGAAGCACAUCCACCCCCGCCAUCGCUUUGUGCCAAUCUAUGAACCUUUGGCCGAGCCUCUCAACAGCGGCAACCGCCACUGCGGCAUCUAUUGUGACGGUCCCCUGUGCAAGGACAAGGAGAACAUGUCUUACAUUGAGGGUGUCCGUUACAAGUGCGCUGUGUGUCACGACACCGAUUUCUGCCAGCACUGCGAGGCUCACCCGAGCAACCGUCACAACCACACUCAUCCUCUCAUCAAGUUUAAGACCCCCGUUCGUAGCGUCAGCGUUACGACCAUGAACGAUGACAUGAGCGGACAAUCCAUGGCUAAGCUCGGCGAUCGCCAGCCUCAGCGAUCAACUGCUACCGAGACGACUCCAGUCGCUCCAUCCGCAAAUGCCGCCACCCAGGUUCAGACAGUCGUUGAUCUCAAGCCCUCGGAAGAGACUCAGACCAAGAAGGAGAAGAUCGCCAUUCGCGAUCUUCUUGUAGAUACCGUCGAGCCCGUACAGGAAAAGGUUGUCGUCCCAUCCGAGGACGAGAGCAAGCUUGAGUCUUCCAUGAACGACUCCAAGAACGAGGGCCUGGAUGCUCACUUUAUCCGCGAUACCAUCAUUGACGGCUCCAAGAUCAACGUCGGCCACCAGUUCGUCCAGGUCUGGACCCUGCGCAACCCGGGACCCAAUGCUUGGCCAGCUGGCUGCAGUGUCCGCCACGUUGGAGGUGACAACAUGCUCAACAUUGACAACAACCGCCCUCUUAGCCAAGCUGAGCUCGCCGAAGCUAGCGAGAGCAACGUCAUUGGUCGUCCAGUUGAGGCCGGCGAAGAGAUUGCCUUCCGCGUUAUCAUGAAGGCACCUCAUCGUGAGGGUACCGCUAUCUCAUACUGGCGCCUUAAGACUGCUGACGGUAUCCCGUUCGGUCACCGUCUCUGGUGCGACAUCAACGUCGUUUCUCCUCCAUCGCCUUCCUUCCGCGCAUCGCCUGAGUCUGCAUCAGCCAAGCACCCUCUCUACGAGCGCCUGCUCCAGGCUAGACUCGACAAGAUGAAGGCAGCCCAGCAGUCGCUUUGCGCUGAGCAGCAGCAGAUGGCCAGCAUUGCGCGUCUCCGCAAGAUUGCUGUUGAGCGUGUGCUCGAGCGCCGUCGUCGUGAAAACGAGGCUGCAUUGGCCACCAUCAAGCACGAUGAGCAGGAGGUUGAGGCUGACGCAGCUGAGCUCCCCGUAGAAGAGAAGUUCGUCGAGCGUUCGCCAGAGCCAAAGUCAUCCGGCAUGAUCUUCCCCCAGCUUGACAAGGAGUCACCGGAGUCUAGCACCUACGAGAGCACCACCACUACUGCCCAGCCCGAAUCACCAAAGUCUGAGAAGAGCACUAUCGCCCGCACUGUUACUGUUGCCUCUGAUGAUGAGUUCUUCGAGGAUGCCGAGAGCGUAGCUCUGCAGUCCGAUGACGGUUUCAUGACCGACGAGGAGUACGACAUUCUCGAUGCUAGCGACGAGGAGAUGCCUUGAGCUGUACAGACAAGUUAUGCAGUACGUAGCACUUCAACAUAGCCGAGACAGUGUGUAGUGAUAGAUGCGGCUCCGCAGGACAAGCGGACGUAUACUGAGGUUUGUUUCUCUUCUUUUCUCGUCAAUCGAUUUGACUAGUACGAAUUCUAUGGCGCAAGGCUUUUGUAUCGGCGAAACACACUCCUUUGGCGAGAAAGGUACACAACAACUCUCCUCGACGGAAUCGGGCGCGAUAUGGCGCCACGGCAUGGCAGAGGAUUUUUGUUUCAUUGGCAUAAGUUGCUUCUUUCCUAUAGUGAAAUGAAAUCCCUAAUUUCCUUG